AUGUCCCAUUUCCCCGCACUAUCCGCCACCGAGCUCUUGACCAAUCAGCGCCCGAGCUCUGGGGCCGUGCGGACCAAUCGGAGCGAAGCGCGGGAGAACUCGAGCGAGCCCCGGCACCCAACGGCCGCCGGCACGAGCCGGCGCUGGCCCCGCCCACCGGCGCGCGCCACCAUGAGCAACCACCCGGGGGUCCUGGGGGCCCCCCUGCACCGCCCCCUCCCCAUUCCCACCCGCUCCAAAUCCAAACGCCUCCGGACCAAACGGGAACGCAACGCCGCCAAAUUCGGCCCAAAGCUGCCCUUGGGGGGCUCCCGGCAGGGUCCCACCGGCCCCCCUCGCUGGCUGCAGCCUCCCCUGUGGGGGGGUCUCGCUUUGGGCAGCCCCCUGGGCCCCCCCAAACCCGUGGUGAUCACCCAGAAGCGGCUGUGCCACCGUGGCCUCUUCAACCACGAGGUCAAAUCUCUCGACGUCCGGCGCCUGCUGACCCCUGGCCCCGGCAGGGAUGGCCCCCCUCCGGCCCCCCAAAUUGAGGAGGGAGAGGUCGGGGGGGUGAAGGAUCUGGUGGCCAGUCUGGCCUCGCUCCUGGGCAGUUUCAGGGUGUUUGGGGGGCGGGAGCUGGUGAGCGAGCGGCGCCAGAGCCUGCUGGCUGUGCUCAGGAGGCACCGACGGGGACCCCCAGACCUGGGGGUCUUCCUGGCCCACCGGACCCCAGCCCAGCCCCCAGGUACUGCCCCCACCCCAGGGGGAGGGAGUGGGGCACCAGAGGGGGGCACCUCCCCACCCCAAAUCAAGUGUUGUCUUCAGCAGGUCUGGGGACCCCCAGGGCCCCCCGGCAAGAAGGAAGACCGAGACCUCCAGGACGAGCAGUCAGUUUUGGGGGGUGGGAGAUGGGGGACCCCCCUGCCAGGACUCCCAGCCCACUUCGUGCUGUCAAUACACCACCCCUCCGUGCUCCCAGCCCCAUUUUUGGAGCCCUCAAAGGGCAGGAGAAUCCUUUCUCAUGGAGCUCAGCCGAGGAUGAGGAGGAUGAGAUCCCCGGGGGGCUUACCCAGGCCUGGGGUGGUCCCGGGGGGCUCCUGCCGGCAACCCCCCCCUUUUGGAGGUCCCCAAAGCCCCCCCAGGAGGAGGAAGUGGCAGGGGGGGAUGAAGGCUGGACCCCCAUUGCCCUCCGGGCCCUCAGCCCAGACCCUCCACCCUGGGGACCCUCCCAAUCCAGAGAUACCCGUGGCCCCCCCCGCGCCCCCAGACCCCCUUGGGCCCCCGAAAUCUGGAGAACUGAGAAGCCCUGGGACCCCCCGGAUCCCUCCAGGUCCCCCUGGGACGCCCUAA